AUGGGGACAGGCGACCACCGCCAGAUACUGAGGCAUGAUGAGCCUGUCGCAGAGAUCAUCUUUUCAUCCGGUGGGAAGAUACUUACUUCAGUAACCAAAGAUUUCACUAUGCAGUGCUGGGAUAUGGUGGCAGGCAAUGGCCGCCGAAUACUGAAGCCUAAUAGUAUACCUAUGGCUUUCGCGGUGUCGCCUAGUGGCAAGAUUAUACUGGGUGUGGCGGUAGAUUUUGAGGAUGCGGCUCUUUGGGAGAUGACAGCGGACGCCUACUAUCAAAGGCUAAGGACGAAUGGCUGGGUUAAUACUCUUACCUUUUCGCCUGAUGAAAAGAUACUUGCUUUAGCGUCAAGUGCUGGCACUGUUCAGGUUUGGGAUAUUUCGACAGACGCCAACCAUGGCACGCCGACUCAUGAUGAUCAUCGGGAUGCUGCUCUUACAAUUUCACCUAAUGGGGAGAUCCUUGCUUCAAGUGACGGUGACACUACAGAACUCUGGGAUAUUGCGACAGGCACCCGCCAGCAUAGACUGGUACAUGAUGGGAGGCUCUUUUGCGUUGCCUUUUCGCCAGAUGCAAAGACGUUCGCUUCAGGGUCAUUCAAUAAACUUGUGAAGGUGUGGGAUGUUGUGAGUGGCACCUGCUACCGCACGCUUUUCUGCACGCUGAGUUAUGGUGUCAAGACUCUUGCCUUUUCUCCUGAUGGACACCGACUUGCCGGAGCGUCACUCGGAGGCCCUGUGCAGAUCUGGGAUGUGGUGACAGGCGCCUGCCUUGGGGAGAUGAAGUGGGGCGCAUGGUCUGCAGCUCUCUGCUUCUUGCCUGACGGGAAAAUCAUUGCAUUAGGGUCGGUGAAUGGCACCGUGCAGCUCUGGGAUACGGCAACAAACGCUACUGGCCCGCAGCUACAGACUGGCGGAAGCCAUUUUAUGUCUUGUGGAAUUACGGCUCUUGCGGUUUCUCGUGAUGGAAAGAUAUUGGCUUUCGGGUUGCGGGAUGGCAGUGUGGGGGUUUGGGACAUGGUGGGAGACGCAUACCAGAGCAGAAUGAUGGUAACCACCGGUCGACGUCUUACCGCAUUGUCCUUCUCGGAGAAUAACCGAUAUCUCGAGACAAACUCGGGACUUUUGGAUAUAAACCCGCAAGCUGAACUUCCGGUUGCCUCAGAAAGGGGAACCCGGCCAAAUACAUUUUGCGCAUCGAAGGAAGAUGGAUAA